CUUGAGGGAUUUGCACCAUUCAAAGCCGUUUGCAAACUGGAAAAUGGAUGAUUUCCAUAUCAACACCACCUUAAGAGACAAAAGCUACAACUACAGCAACGUCAGUCUCAACAAUGAUGAUUCUACCAACAACACCUAUUAUUACUAUGAUGAUUACUUCAGCUUCAGAAUCUCCAUACGGAUCCUAAAAGUGGUGGAAUGGAUCGUCAUCUGUUCUGGACUUCCGUUGACUCUAGUGGCCAUCGCUGCAGUUUAUUCUCUGGUACGAAAAGACCACGUUACUCCAGUUUACAUCAUCAACCUUCUGGUUUCUGAUCUUGUUCAGCUCUGCUGUCUGGCUGUAUGGAAGGCUGGAAAGUUUAAUAAAUUAAUUUACUGCUUCUACGUUUUUGGUGUGUUGGCCAGUGUUGGAUUCAUGGUGUGCAUCUCUCUGGAAAGGUAUUUGAUGAUCACUCAGCCUCUGUGGUACAGAUUCAGACGAAACAUCAAGACCUCUGUGGCUGUUUGUGUCGUGGUCUGGAUCCUUUCUUUCACUAUUUCCUUCCCUUUCCAUUUCUAUGCUCUGUAUCACUCAAGAAAUAUCAUAUGUGGGGUCUUCCUCCUCCUCCCCUUCCCCCUGUUCAUCUUCUGCCUGGUUGGGACCAUUAAAGCCCUGUCUGCAGCUCGCAGUGUCUCUGCUGAUGAAAAACGAAGAAUUGUGGCCAUUCUGGUUGUGGUGCUGCUGAUUUACACACUGCUGUUCCUGCCCAACAUCAUUUUGUUUUUGGCAAGAGAAGCCAGAACUAACCGAACCUUCCGCAUGAUAUGUAUCAUGUUAGUUAGGAUCAGUCCUCUUGCAGACUUGAUUCUGUAUAUUUUCAUCAGGAAAGGGACCACAGACAAGCUUUCAGCCUUACUGUGUUGUUGUAAAAUGUCAACCAAUCAGCAGACGAGCAACAGGAGUAAUGACAUGUCAGCUUCAUGUAGUCAGACUAUAUAGAUUUUAAUUUUAGACUGUUAACAGACGUUAUGCUGCAGGUGUAAUAGAGUUAAAGUCUGACAUCAUGUUUUGCAGAAUGUUUUUAUGAAAAUGUUCUUUAUAUAAAAUCUGCUUCUUUUGUUAAGGAAUUACAAUCAUUACCUGAAGUGUUACGACGGAGCUUCGGCAGAUUUUCUCACUUGGUCCCGUAACGAAGGUUAAUUCGUUUGCAUCGUGUCUCUUCUUUCACUGUCUCGUUUUCUUCUCCUUGCUCCCUCUGAUAAUGUCUUCUCCCAUUUCUUGCACAUUCAAAACAGCCGGUGUGUUGAUAUCCAGUUGCUGGCAUGUGACGUGGUACUAUAAAGUAAAACCAGAUUCCACGUGAUGCCCCGGGCUGGGGGGGUGGAGGGAAGAAAGUUGUGAAGUGUGGAGUGUUGCAUCAAAAUGAAGCAGAAUUGCAGAGUUUUAAGGUGGAAAGUUAUGUAAUGUUUCUUAAAGACCAAUUCCUCUUUUUUCUUGUCUUUCCUUUGAGCUGAAGAAAUGUAUUUCCUCAGCACAUUUUUCUUUUGUUUAAUUUUUUUUUAGAUCAGAUCAGAUUAAAAUGUAUUGAUCCCUUUGGGCAGGAUUUCUUAGGAUCCAGCAGCAGUGCAGCACCAUAAGAGUUAAAGAAAAACAUGAUACAGCAAAAAUCUACCCAAAGAAUA